AUGUCUGAUAUAAGCAAGAUAGGUAUUACCUUGUCUGAGUCAUCAGACUGGUAUCUCUGGAUUGGUCAAAUUAAGUCUUAUGCUAUUGCAAAAGGCGUAUGGGACUAUAUUGACCCCGAUAAUCCAAUAAAGAGGGAUAUUCCUUCUUAUCCUAUUCGUCCUAGGGUUACUGAUAUUAACCCUAAAGCCCUUACCGAUGAAGACCUAACUACCUCUGAGCGAGAAAGGUGGAGAGACAGACGAAGAGACUAUGAGCUUGACCUUCGCGAAUAUGACCGUAUUUCGGGUGCUAUCUCUCAGAUCUACCUUAUCGUCCAAUCAUCGAUCUCCUAUUCAAGCAAGCUUAUCAUUCAGCACCUACCGACGGUCUAUGAAGCCUUACAAACCCUUCAAAAGCGCUAUGCACCAACCACUGAAGCCCGAAAGCGGUCGGUCAUCAAGAAAUACCAUCAAAUGCGCCGAAUCCCGCAUUCUUUGACCAUAGAUGCAUGGAUUUCGCAAUGCGAGAACACCUACGUAGAGGCUGUCCAAUUAGGCAUUGGUGAAGUCCAAUCAAAGACUAGACCACUUUUGGACUUCCUAGAUGGCCUAGCCUCUAUGUCUCCCUCCUUCGCCGAAUACUGGCAUAAUGAGAUCAACCGGCUUGAAUCUAUAGGCCAGAUAGACUCUAUAGACUUCUUUACCUUGACAAAGAGGUAUAGGGAUUCUAUUAGGCUUAUACCGCCUAAACGACCUUCUAAUGUCCAUGCAACCUUCCGUGGACAAGCAGAUAAGGGCCAGGGCAAGAAGACUAAGAAGCCCUGUCCAUGCCAAGGGGGCGCCUAUGAUGGAUACCACACAUUCAGUGAUUGUCCUUAUAUCAACCCCUCUAUUAGGCCAGAAGGUUGGAAACCAGACCAAACCGUCCUUGACCGCUUUAAACAAGCAUGCACCCAUUCAGGCUUUAAACAAGCCUACGACAAUGCUAUCAAAAAGCAUCAAGGUCAGCAGGGCCAGUCCGACACUCAUAUGGGUAUGGUUACCUGCCUAGCUUCUAGGCAUACACGGCCUAAUGUGUGGGCAUAUGACUCGGCCGCAGACACCCAUGUCUGCAAUGAUCGUUCCCAAUUCGUCACCUUUUCGCCCUAUGAAGGAGACCUCUUAGUCGGCGACACAAAAGCCACUAUAAAAGGGAAGGGCUUAGUCUAUUUACGCUUCCAAAACACCACUUUUGACCUCUAUGAAACCUUAUAUGUUCCACGCUUCCAUUUGAACAUCCUAUCAGCAAAGAGGGCCAAGAAAGGGGGUGUUUACCAUAAUCAGAGGCUUAAUAGGCUUGAAACAGAAGAUGGGACGCCUAUUUGCAAGACUUCGGAUGACACAGGCAUCACCCUUAUUCUAGGGUAUCAGAACAAGUCUAUGUAUGAGGAUCAGACCUCCCCCGACUCCCCUUUGCUUCCACCUCAGACAGCCUUCAACACCACUAUGAAGCCUAUACAGCCUAUACAGGAGGAAUCUGACCCUGAAGACGACAUCUACGAGCCUAUGGCCCUAGCAUCAUCCUACGACUCGCCUAUCCUUAAAGGCUCAGACAGCCUAUGGCAUCAGCGUCUAGGGCAUCCUAGCCUCGAUACGGUUAAGCAUCUCGAAGCCUCUACCACGGGGGUGGUUAUAGACCAUUUUUCGGCCGAAAAACAACCUUGCGAGACAUGCCUUAUCUCUAAGGCUCAAAGACAGGUGUCUAGACGACCUAUGCAUAUUGGAGACCAACCGUUCGAAACCUUGCAUUGGGACCUUAUUCAUUUAGGCCCUGGAAUCAACAAUAUCCUCUAUGCAAGCCAUGCGUAUUGUCCAGUGACGAAAUACCACCUAUUGGUCACCAUUGCACGGAAACACCUGAUCCAAUUAUCAUUGCAGCAAAUGAUUGAUUUCGUCCUUACCCAAUUCGGCAUUCGCAUCAAACGCAUCCACCUAGACGGGGACCGCAAUAUCCACCAGGAUAGGCUUCGAACUCAAGGAAUUGAGGUCAUUACCUCACCGCCCUACCAACCAGAGCAAAACCCCUUUUCAGAAAGGUCUGGUGCGGUCAUUAUCUCAAGGGCUAGGGCUAUGAUUAUUCAGGCAUCCUUACCUGAAUAUCUAUGGCCUGAAGCAGUCCAAGCCGCGGUCUAUGUGCUUAAUCAAACCCCGAACAAACAACUAGGAUGGAAGACACCCUAUCAGGCCUUAUUUGAUAGCCUAGACCCCAAACCAGGCUAUAUGAAACCAAAGCCUGAUUUAUCGAAUCUACGGGUCUAUGGCUGCAAAGCCUUCGUGAGGAUCAAUAAUAUCCCUCGUCUCGCAAAGAUGAAGCCUAGAGCAAUGAUAGGCUACCUUGUCGGCUUCAAAGCAUCCAAUAUAUGGAGAAUCUGGGUGCCUAAGGCCCAUAAGGUCAUUAAUGCAAGAGACUGUGUAUUCGAUGAGGCUAGCUUCUACCAACCAAAUACGGCGUACGAUGUGAUAGACGACCAAUCAAAAGAAGCUAUCGAGCCUUUGUCGAUACCAGAAUUCAACCUAGUCAUCACCAAGGCUAGUAUUGAUGAGCCUCUCGAUGAUCCAUUGACGAUACGGCCUUUACCGGACGAAACAGACCAAUUAUCCGAUAACGACACCGAUAAAGAUAACAAUGAGGAUAUAGACUACCAAGACCAAAUCCUCGGCGACCUACCGCCUUCCCCGGAGGAAUCAGAAGGAGAAGAAGAAGUAAGGCAAAACCAAUGCGAAAGUGAGGAUAACCUUACUCUAAACGGCACCGAAAACACACCUUAUUCGGGCGAUUUUAGAGUAAAUGACCCUUCACUUCAUCCUCACUCAGAAGUCGAAAACGCCUCACCUCCCUCUGAACCUUCUUUAUUGUCCCGAAUCACUAUUCCGGCCGAAGACCUUACCCCGGAUGCACGUGUUUCCGACCAAUCACCUGACUUUAUGGUCUUAAUUGAUAACUCUUCCUAUGACGAGGAAAUGUUGAAUCAAUAUGACCACCCCAAACGGGACAGAUCUCCCUCGCCUGAUUCUUCAAAUAAGCGGCAAGCCUUCGCUUCCUUCUAUAAUGCAUUCUCUGCGGCAAUAAAGGAUCAGCCUAAGAAGGUGCAUCAAGAUGACCUUCCCCCUCCCCCCGGAAUCAUGGGAAGAAAUGCUUAA